AUGAACAUCUUUCGCCUAUGCGCCGACUUGUCGCAUCUCGUUGCUAUCGUUAUCCUACUGCAUAAGAUAUGGAAAUCAAGAAGUUGUGAAGGUUUAUCUGGCCGAUCUCAAGUUCUGUUUACUCUCGUUUUUGUAUCUCGUUAUCUGGAUUUGUUUACCAAUUUCGUUUCGGUGUACAACUCAGUUUUGAAGGUGUUCUUUCUCGUCACAUCUUUUGGCACCGUCUACUUGAUGUGGAUCAAAUUCAAGGCAACUUAUGAUAGGAACAACGACUGCUUUCGUAUAGAAUUUUUAGUAAUUCCUGCUGCUAUUCUAGCACUUCUUAUCAAUCACGAAUUCACCUUUAUGGAGGUGAUGUGGACGUUUUCUAUCUACCUUGAAGCGGUUGCCAUUAUGCCGCAACUUUUCAUGCUUUCUCGUACCGGAAAUGCUGAAACAAUCACUGCCCAUUAUUUAUUCGCUCUUGGUUCAUAUCGCGGCCUAUACGUUGUAAACUGGAUCUAUAGGUACUAUACGGAGAACUUCUUCGAUCCUAUAGCCGUGGUCGCUGGAAUCGUGCAGACUGUUCUAUAUGCGGACUUCUUUUAUCUCUAUGUGACUAGAGUCCUGCAAUCGACUCGUCAGUUCGAAAUGCCUGCAUAA